ACAAUCCUUCUUCCCCUCCCCAGAUGAUGAGAAAGCGAGCGCGCUGCACUCCGCCGUGCGUUUGUUUGCCUCUCAGCCACAAAGUGCCCUAAGCACCGAUCUUUUCCGAGCCAAACCAAGCCAAGCCGAGCCACGACGUGCGUCUGCGCCCCCAAACGCACCCCCCGCCUCCACCACCCCACCCUCGCCUAGCCAUCUCCGACUCCGCUGUUCUAUGGCGAUGGAGCCGUAGCCAACCUCAGUGUGCUUAACUGAAGCGAGCGUGUGAAAUAGCGGCGGAGACAGCUGAGACCAAGCGGCUAUGGAGGAGAAGCGCAGGGAGGCUGGAGUCUAGACUACACGCAAAUCAGCAGAGCCACUUGUCCGGAUUACUUUUUUGCAACAUUUUAAAACUCUAUCACCAGUAUUAACAGGGACUUUAUUUUUUCCCAACUGAUCAUCAUAGGCUAUCACUGCUCGGCGAGGAUGCAGGGGAAGGAGGUGAGCUUUUGCACGGGAUGCUUGAGACUAACGCUGCUGUCGUGCGUCCUGGCUCUGCACUUGAUCCCGCCGUCCGUCCACGGAAAUGUUGUUGGGACCAAUGUCACUGAGCCGGACAGCACGGCCAAUGUUACCUCCCUUCUCGCUCAGGAGGAGGGACCUGUCAAGGUCAAUGAGAUCAUCGUCGCUGUGACCGGGAUGAGCAGCUCGGCCAGUCCCGACGUGAUCAACACUGUGACCCAGAGGGCGGGCCGUAUCCCCCGCGCCGGCGAGGAGGAGGAGCAGAGCAGCGGCAUGUUUGGUGAAUCGGUGAUUCCAGCGGUGGAGGAAGUAGGUGUGGUGGCUCCUCCUCAGCUCAGCCCUGAUUCGGCUGAGACGGAGCACCUGCUGCCCAGCACCCCGCGUAAACAGGAUGUCAUGGAGGGUGAAGAGGAGGAGGAUGAGGAGGAGCGUCUGCUGCACACUGACCCACCUUGGAUCCACGCCAAGGACACAGCCGUGUUUGACCUGGACCACCUUUUCACCACCACUGCCCCACCCCCGCCCCCACCCACCACCAACCCCCCCAGCCCCCCCAGCCCUGAUGUCCUCCACGUGGACUUCUUUGAUCCCUCCUCUCGUGGGCGCAACCUGGAUCUGGCCCCAGCCUCUCCUUCAUCACUGGCCCAUGAGCUGCAGGGCGGCGACCCAACCUCCUGGGCGAUGCCGGACAACUACGACUACCUCACACCCUAUGAGGACGGUGUGUCACCCACCGCUGAUGAGUACACCUACAGCACCACCACUGACGCCUAUGAGAGCGACGAAGACCUCCGACUGUCUGCUGGGUCUCCGGCUCGCUCCAGGCCCCGGGUCCCCAGCUCCUUCAUCCCAGGGAUGGGAGGUCCAGAACCAAACAUCCCUGUGGCAGCUCCUCCAGCAGCAUCACCGGUGGACGGGUCCGACGGAAUGGGUGGCUGCCGCGUGGGCUACCAGAUGGUGAACGGAAGUUGCCGCUCGCCCUGUGACAUGCUGCCCAACUACUGCUUCAACGGGGGACAGUGUUACCUGCUGGAGGGCAUGGGAGUGUUCUGCAGAUGUAAUGUCCAGGAUUACAUCUGGCACAAGGGUGCCCGCUGCGAGUCGGUGGUGACCGAGUUCCAGGUGAUGUGUCUGGCCGUGGGCGCCUCGGCUCUGGUUGUCCUGCUGCUCUUCAUGAUCAUCGUCUGCUUCGCCAAGAAGCUCCACGUGCUCAAGACGGAGAACAAGAAGCUGCGCAAGCGCAGCAGUAAGUACCGGCCUUCAUCGGAGCAGCACAAUGAUAAUUUCUCGCUGUCCACCAUCGCUGAGGGCUCCCACCCAAAUAAAACCAUGAGCAGAUACACCUGGGAGUGUAAGACCAAAGAGGAGUCCGACUGUGAGGAUGAUCCUAAUUCCCAGAACAAGCUGGAGGACCCGGUGAAGGCCCCACCCAAGGAGGACGACUCCCUCAACAUCCACAACUCUCUGACCCCCAAACACGAGAACCACAAGGUCCUGGGCGAGGAGAACUCCUCGGAGGUAAACUCACUGCAGAACAACAUGAUGUGAAAACAAAAAAUAAAACAACCCCAGCAACCUGACAACACGACAACGACGAGGUGCGCCGGCAACGGGACCCCCCAAACCCUUCCCUGCUCUCCGUCCGUCCGCUGCUGAGUGCGCCUAACCGGUCAACCAAGCAACCAACCAACCAACCAGCCUGCCAAUGUACCAGCCAACCAACACAGUCUGCAACCGUCUCUGACACGGCAACACUGCCACCAAGCGGCCCAGGCCGCUGCAAAAAACUUACACCACCACCGCCGCCGCCGCCGCCACCACUGCCCAAGCUAGAGUAACCCCGCCCCUGCCAGCCUCACCCUGCCGCCGCCUUGCAAUCCCACCCUCCCCCCCUUUACAUCCACUCACUCCCCUGUUUCGCAGCCCCGCCCCCCUUGUUGCUGUCACUCUACUCUCCCUUAUCUCUCUUACCUGCACACACACAUGCACACACACACACAAACGCACACACACACACAUAAGAAGCAAACACAUACAGUGAAAAGAUAAAAACAUAAACACACUUAUAUGUAUACACACAUACACACCUUCCCCUGCCUGCAUUGGUGUAUUUUGUAAAAAGAAAGAAAUCAUACAGAAGUUUAAAACGUACGUAAAACGUCAUUGUAAAAAAAAAACAAAAAACGUAAAGAUAAAGCUACUGAGAGGUUUUGAUGUUUGUCUGACUAAUCCAGUGAGUAUGUAUAAAUAUUGGAAAAAAAAUUUGCUUGGAUUGAUUUAAAAAGAAGCAACACAAUGUGUCUUGGUUUUCAUUGAUGUGAUUUCUAAUCCUUUGAUGUACUUGUUUGUUUUGUUUUUUUUUGUACUUUUUUGGGACUUCGAACAGAGAAUAAACAAACGAGAUUCAGACAGUUGUUGAAAUAAACCUUUUUAACAUGA